UGUGUUUUUAUUCUUCAUUAACCAGAGAGCCACAAUGAAGGAGCCAAAAAUCACAUUUAGAAAAACUAAUUUAGGAGUUCUUUUUGUUGUUAUUAAUAUUAUGGACAAUUUGCAUUUGAUCUCUAAUGUUGAAUUGACUCAUGCAACAAACAAAAAGAGAGGAAGUGGUGUAAAUUAAAAAUCAGAAUAAAGAAAAAAAAACCUAUGAAGAUAGUAAAAAAAAUGAUUUACAUUUUAAAAGUUUGCAAAACAUAAACAACACCGUAAAUGAAUAGAUUAUUACUUAAAAUAUUUAAAAAUUCCCAGUAAAACACAAAAACAAGGUUAUUUAAGAAGGCGGGAGCAUAAAUUAGGCUUUAAAAAACGUAAAAUUUUAAUUUAAAAUAAAAGCUCCCAGUUGGAAACUUUUGGCUUCCUUCCUGCACUAAUAUAAAAGCGUCAUUUUCAGUUGACUGCGUGUUAGAUGUUGUAAUUAUAGUGGGACAGAGGAGCUCUGCUGUGAUGCUGCUGGGGUCCUGCCUCCCCCCUUCCUCCCUCCUCCCUUCCUGCCCGCACGCGCCCCCCGGAGGCGCGUCUCCGCUGCAUCGGAGUGUCCGCCAGGGGGCAGCUGUGUCCCGGUCUGAGGCUGCGCCGCUCCCGCUGCAUCGCAGAGAGGAAAAUACCACCAGAUGGCGGUUUAGGAUUGCUGCUCUUCUCUCAAGGCGCGGUUCCGCUCGCACGGCCAAUUUUCAAUAUAAAUAUCAGAACCAAUUUACAACCAAUUUCGAUUUAAUAUCUGGGAAUGUGGUGAUCGGUUCGGCGAUGGUCGUGAAAGGACCUGAAAAGAGUUAAGUGCCGGUGAGGUGAACACAGUUCACAUCAGGGUCUUUCUUCCCGAUCCCUCCAGACCUCCCUACCCCCCCCUCCCCUCAACCUGCCACCAGGUGCCUUCACCUCCACACCUGAAGUGUUCCCGUUCUUUAAGGCAGCAGUUUAAAGCCCCCCCCACCACCAACAAGGCAGGAUGAUCACCUCCGAGCUCCCCGUCCUACAGGACUCGUCCAAUGAGUCUGGGGCUGCAGACGGCGUGGGCCUGAGCCUGAACAUGAGCGAGAUGGACGAGCCGGAGAUGAAAGGAAAGAAAAAGAGAGGGAGGCCUGGAAAACAGCCAGUGACGUCCAACAAAAAGCCGCGCAAGUCGCCGACAGACAAAGUCAUGGCGGUGCCAAGAGGGCGGGGCAAGGCGAACGGCGUGGCUCAACACAACGGGGACGGCGGAGACCCCGUCACUCUGUUUGAGGUGGUGAAACUGGGCAAGAGCGCCAUGCAGUCUGUGGUGGACGACUGGAUCGAGUCUUACAAACAGGACCGGGAUUUGGCGCUGCUGGACCUCAUCAAUUUUUUCAUCCAGUGCUCCGGCUGCAAAGGCACCGUGAGGAUUGAAAUGUUCAGGAACAUGCAAAAUGCAGAGAUCAUUCGUAAGAUGACUGAGGAGUUUGAUGAGGACAGUGGGGAUUACCCUCUGACCAUGCCGGGCCCGAUGUGGAAAAAGUUCCGCUACAACUUCUGCGAGUUCAUCAGCGUUCUGAUCCGGCAGUGUCAGUACAGCAUCAUAUACGACGAGUACAUGAUGGACACGGUGAUCUCCCUCCUCACCGGACUCUCCGACUCGCAAGUGCGAGCCUUCAGACACACCUCCACCCUCGCAGCGAUGAAGCUGAUGACCGCCCUGGUGAACGUGGCGCUGAACCUCAGCAUCCAUCAGGACAACACGCAGAGGCAGUACGAGGCCGAGAGGAACAAGAUGGUCGGGAAGCGGGCCAACGAGAAGCUGGAGCUGCUGCUGCAGAAGAGGAAAGAGCUUCAAGAGAACCAGGAUGAAAUAGAGAACAUGAUGAACUCCAUCUUCAAGGGCAUCUUUGUGCAUCGCUACAGAGAUGCAAUCGCGGAGAUCCGAGCCAUCUGCAUCGAGGAGAUCGGCGUGUGGAUGAAGAUGUACAGCGACGCCUUCCUCAACGACAGUUACCUGAAAUACGUCGGCUGGACGUUACACGAUCGGCAAGGAGAGGUUCGUCUGAAGUGUCUGAAAGCUCUGCAGAACCUCUACACAAACCGAGAGCUGUUUCCAAAGCUGGAGCUGUUCACCAACCGCUUCAAGGACCGUAUUGUGUCGAUGACGUUGGAUAAAGAGUACGACGUCGCCGUGGAGGCCAUCAGGCUGGUUACACUCAUCCUGCAGGGCAGUGAAGAUGCUCUGUCCAAUGAAGACUGUGAGAACGUCUACCACCUGGUUUACUCCGCCCACCGGCCUGUGGCCGUGGCGGCCGGGGAGUUUCUACACAGGAAAUUGUUCAGUCGCCACGACCCGCAGGCAGAAGAAGCUCUGGCCAAACGUCGAGGGAGGAGCAGUCCCAACGGGAAUCUCAUCCGCAUGCUGGUGCUCUUCUUCUUGGAGAGUGAGCUUCACGAACACGCAGCGUACCUGGUCGACUCGUUGUGGGAGAGUUCUCAAGAGCUGCUGAAAGACUGGGAAUGCAUGACGGAGCUUCUGCUGGAGGAGCCGGUGCAAGGAGAAGAGAUGUUGUCCGAUCGGCAGGAGAGCGCGCUGAUAGAGCUGACGGUGUGCACCAUCCGGCAGGCAGCAGAGGCGCACCCGCCCGUCGGCAGAGGCACCGGCAAACGGGUGCUGACAGCAAAAGAGAGGAAGACUCAGAUAGACGAUAAAAACAAACUGACGGAGCAUUUCAUCAUGGCUCUGCCCAUGCUGCUAUCCAAGUACCAGGCAGACGCCGAAAAGGUGGCCAACCUGCUGCAGAUCCCGCAGUUCUUCGACCUGGACGUGUACAGCGCCGGGCGCAUGGAGAAGCACCUGGACGCCUUGUUGAAGCAGAUCCGCCUGGUGGUGGAGAAGCACAUCGAGACGGACGUGCUGGAGGCGUGCAGUAAGACCUACAGCAUCCUGUGCUCCGAGGAGUACACCAUCAUGAACCGCGUGGACAUCGCUCGCUCGCAGCUGAUCGACGAGAUGACCGAUCGGUUCGCUCACUCCAUGGAGGAGCUGCUGCAGGAGGGCGAAGAGGCAGACGACGACGACAUCUACAACGUCUUGUCCACUCUUAAACGACUCACAGCUUUCCACAACGCCCACGAUUUGACCCGAUGGGAUCUGUUUGGAAACUGCUACAGACUGCUGAAGGCGGGCAUCGAGCAGGGCUCCAUGCCGGAGCAGAUCGCCGUGCAGGCCCUGCAGUGCUCCCACUACUCCAUCCUCUGGCAGCUGGUCAAGAUCACCGAGGGGGUUCCCAGCAAGGACGACCUGGUGGCUCUCAGGAGAGUUGUCAAGUCCUUCCUGGCGGUGUGUCAGCAGUGUCUGUCCAACGUCAACACUCCAGUUAAAGAACAGGCGUUCAUGCUGCUCUGUGACCUGCUGAUGAUCUUCAGUCAUCAGCUGGUGUCGGGCGGCAGGGAGGGCCUGCAGCCGCUGGUGUUCAACCCGGACAACACUCUGCAGAACGAGCUGCUGAACUUUGUUCUGGACCACGUCUUCAUCGACCAGGACGACGAGAGCCAGAGCAUGGAGGGCGACGAAGAGGACGAGGCCAACAAGAUCGAAGCUCUUCAUAAGAGGAGGAAUCUGCUCGCCGCUUUCUGCAAACUCAUCAUCUACGACAUCGUGGACAUGCCGGCUGCCGCAGAUAUCUUCAAACACUAUAUGAAGUAUUACAACGAUUACGGCGACAUCAUUAAGGAAACUCUGAGUAAAACCAGACAGACGGACAAGAUUCUCUGUGCCAAGACUCUCAUCCUGAGUUUGCAGCAGCUCUUCAAUGAGCUGCUCCAGGAGCAGGGACCCAACCUGGACCGGACGUCGUCGCACGUGAGUGGCAUUAAGGAGCUGGCUCGCCGUUUCGCCCUCACCUUCGGUUUGGACCAGAUCAAGACCAGAGAGGCCGUCGCAACGCUGCACAAGGAUGGAAUAGAAUUUGCGUUUAAGUACCAGAAUCCUCGGGGACCAGAGUUUCCUCCCGUCAACCUGGCCUUCCUCGAGGUCCUCAGCGAAUUCUCCUCCAAACUCAUCCGUCAAGACAAGAAGACGGUCCACUCGUACCUGGAGAAGUUCAUGUCGGAGUCCAUGUCGGAGCGCCGGGAGGACGUGUGGCUUCCGCUCAUCUCCUACAGGAACAGCUUGCUCACAGGAGGAGACGAGGACCACAUGUCGGUCACGUCGGGCUCCAGCAGCAAGACCGGCUCUGUGCGCAGCAAGAAGGGACGGCCGCCGCUGCACAAGAGGCGCAUCGAGGAGGAGAGCAGCGUGGAGGGGUCCUGGAUGAUGCGAAACGACACCCUGCAGACUCCGGGGGCGCUCCAAACCCCUCAGCUCACCUCAACAGUGCUCAGAGAGAACAGACCCGCGGAACACAUGCCGGACCCGGACUCGGAGCCGGGAUCGGAAAACGACUACGUGCACAACCCUCAGAUGCAGAUGUCGUGGCUCGGCCAGCAGAAGAUGGAGGAGGUGAGCAGGAAGGACCGAGCGAACAUGAACUACAUCAAGUCCCGCAGCAAUCAGGGCGUCCGGCAGACCGUGCGCGGGCUGAUGGAAGACGACGCGGAGCCCAUCUUUGAGGACGUGAUGAUGUCAUCGCGGGGCCAGCUGGAGGACAUGAACGAGGAGUUUGAGGACACGAUGGUCAUCGACUUGCCGCCAUCGAGGAACAGACGCGAAAGGGCGGAGCUAAGACCGGACUUCUUUGACUCGGCGGCCAUGAUUGAGGAUGAGUCGGGAUUCAGCAUGCCCAUGUUCUAACCUCUCUGAGCUUCAGCGUCCACACGAGGAACCGGCUGAUGUUUCUGGGUCAUCUGACACCGACCGCCUGCCAAUCAAACUCGAAGGAAAUCCGAAACGUACUUUAGUCUUUCUCUCAGAAUUAAGGAAAGGAUGUUCGCCAUUCGGAGCUCCCGAUGGAUCUUCUGAAGGAUCCACGUGUAGACCGAACCGUUGAAGAGCUUCGUUCCGCUCGUGUUCUUCCUCCUCUUCCUCGCCAGCCGGUCGGCUCGGAUCUUUUUUAGUAGUGGCUCUGGUGGCAGCCUAAUCCUGCGGCCAGCUCGAGAGCGCUAGCUGUUUCCGUGGUUCCCUCUUGCACACAUGUACACGUGUUUGCCUGCGCUCGUGGUCGGCAUCUGUACGUCUUCACCGCCUCCCCCCUUCCUCCUGGUGUUGCACUUAACCCCCCCCCCCGAAGAGGACCGCCCCGUACCGUCAUGUUUGCUAUUAGCGCGGCCCCGAUCUGUUCCCGGACUCUUGUAUGUGCUGUGUACAUAUAGUGUUGGCGGCCGCAGACGGUCAGCAGCUGCACGCCGUCGUGGAGGAAGUGAUGUAACCGUCUCGUUUGUGGUGUCAAAAACAAAAGUGGGUGUUGUUCGACUGUGAAGCUGCACCUGUGACAGAUCUUUGGCAGAAAGGUUUCCCCUCUCGCGCGCACACCCCCCUCCGGAUUCAUGACUUUUUGAAGUAAAAAAACAAGUUUUAAAAGAAAAAAAGACAAUAAACAUAUUUUAAACUCUGUAGCUUUAGUACUAAAGUUUUAAAUCAAGUGUUUUCCUUUCUUCUGUUUGUACAGUUUUUUUUUUCUUGAAUAUGUAUCGUUUGUUGCCAAAUUGUGGCCUACAUACUUUAAAGUAUAUGCCCCCCCGCCCAUGUACGUCAUAUCAGAUACCAGGUGCUGUAUCUUGAUUGUAACAGUUCCAGGAUUGAGUAUUUCAGCGGAAUAUCCGAGUCACUUUCCGUUUUUGCGCCUCCAAACAGUGUUAUCGGGGUUGAAUAUCUGUUACUCUCAUCGUUCAUAUUCAGUGCAGUGAUGGAUCUUUGUCUGACAGAAGUGUUUGAAUGUGUUUUGAAUGUUUUCAGCCAUACUUUAGUCCACCCCCCACCUUCUUCCUGCUGGGGUAACCAAUCAUUUACAGCUGGAUGGCAGUCCUGUAAAUAUCACGAGACAGUUGGAUCAUUUCUGCCUUCAAGUUGCCCUUAAAUAAUAUAAAAGCCUGUUUUUUUUCUUUGUUUUUUUUCUGUGAACUUAAAUUCUUUUUAAUAAAAUAAAAUCUGUAACCGAU